UUUACUGUUCAUCUGUUUAAAAGCAAACAUCUUGUUGGUUGCUAUGGGUUACUGCUCUACUUUUAUUACACCCAGGAGUAAGCACACAGGUUGUUUUCCUGGUGUACACAUAUGUCAGGGGAAAGAAGACAUUCUGCUGCCUUCAAGCAUGGGAUCAGCCUGUCAGCAAAGACACAGAGUAGAUUUCAGCAUGAAAACACACACUUUACAUUUUUGCAUCUGUUUGUUUGCUGACUGGCUAAUUCUUUGCCUGAACACACAAAUACAGGGGCGGAGACAGCUGAACGACUUUUCUCGGCAUAUGAAUGCUAGUUCUGAAAACAUCAGAGCUCUGAAAGGAAUAUAAUCGGAAUGGUCUUGUUGGUUUCCACAACAGGAAGGUAUAUGUUGAGCUUCCAGUAUGCAAAUGAGCCUUCUGCCAUUAGCCUAAACAUUGCACAUGCUCUGGGCUGCUGUAUAUUACCUGAAAUUCACAAUAUUCGUGUGACUAUGCAUAUGCAAAUUAGAAUUUGAUUUGGUUCGAAUCUUUCGCGAAGGAUUUAAGGGUUCAGCAGAAUCCAAAAUUGUGGAUUUGGUGCAUCCCUAACAUUAACCAUAACUAUAGCUAUAGCAUAUAGGUUUUUCUAAAGGAUUUGCCCUGUAGAACCUACCUUCUAUUUUACCCAUAAUAGAUAUCUCUACCCAGUAGGCUGUAACUACCCAUGCGUGUUUCCUAACAAUUACUACCCAUUGGUAGCAGCAUCUGCCAUGGACAGAUUUCAGAUGAAUGUAAAACCAUUUUUAGCAGUUCUGUUUGCUGUGGUUCUCUCUAAGAUAACUGCAAAGAACUAAAACAUACCUGUUCCUUGGGCCGUAGUAGUACCCUGUGGUCGUCUGGGUACUCUGCCAAGUGGCAGGUACAGAUGUUAUUGGUAUCAACAUUUUGUAAAGCUUCAGACUGGGGCUAUCCAGCUACAAUUUCCACGAUAUGAUGGUCCUUUUCAUGGUCAAGUGGUCAGUUGAUCUAUUUGUAUGACAUCAUACAUUGUAUUUUUAUCGAGUUAAUUCAUUUAAGGGUAAUCUUGCUGUAGCUAUAAGUAUUAAUGACUUGGGUCAAUAAUUAAUAAAUAAAAAAAAAAGUUCAGACUCAAAGAACAUUAGGGAGGGUACUAUAAAAUAAAAUAAAUUCCAAAAGCCCAUUUAAGUAAACUGAUGGAUAUAUAAAUAGAUAUAAAGCAUAUUCAUUUUUUGACCAUAUAAAAGUUGCAACCUCUUGAUGUUACAUCACUCUGUUUUUCAUUUUCUCUAUUCCUGUAUAAACCAUACAUACAUCACAGACACCUUUUUUUGUAAGCCAAGAAUUGUGUUACAUCAUAGACCAUGCAUAUGCUAAUGCAUUAUACUUAUGCAAUUGGACUUCUGUAUGAGAAAAUCAUCCCAACAUUUUUUGUAGCAUUAUCAGCAUUUCAACUCUAUAUUUAGCACGCUGCCUAUAAGAGCAAAUUGUUUGAAAGGCAAAAAGGCUUUUCCACCAUAUCAUGUCAUAUGCAAUUUGUGGUAAUCUGUAACUUGCAUUUGUAGAUUCUGAAGAUACUUGAGGACAAGCGAGUGGUUGGACAUGCACUGCAUAAUGAUUUUAAGGCUCUGAAAUACUUUCAUCCCAGACUCGAGACACAAGCAAAAUCCGUUCAAUGAAAGAAAUUGCAGGACUUCCAGAAAAUACAAGGGCCUCUUUAAAAUCCCUUGCCUUUAACAAGGUUGUCAGAAAUGGCCAUUGUUCUGUAGAAGAUGCCCAAGCCUCUUUGGAACUGUACAAAUUAGUUGAGGAUCAACGGGAGGAGAUGCUUCGGAGUUGCUCCCAAAUCAGCUCUUCCACUAGUCCAAAAACAAGUGAGGUGUCGGACAAUGACUAUUACAUGGGCGAUCAUUAUUGGCCAGCAGACUUAAACGAUGACUCUAAAUGAAGUACCACUUCGACAUGAAUAGACAGACCAAUUUGCAUUAAACUUAUUUAUUGAGGAUUAGUGAUGGGCGAAUUUGCGCCGUUUCGCUUCGCCGAAAAAUUCGCGAAACGGCGAAAAAUUCGCGAA